UUUUUUGAAAAUACUGGAUUCCCAGGAGUGAUUGGCGCUAUAGACGGAACUCAUAUUGCCAUCUUUCCACCACAAACUGAACGAGAACACCUUUUUAUUAAUAGAAAACAAUAUCAUUCAUUGAAUGUGAUGAUUGUUUGUUCUUAUAAUAACGAAAUAUUAGCAGUAAAUGCAAUGCAUGGUGGAAGAACACAUGACUCCAGAGUCUUCCGUUCUUCACGUUUGCUCCAUUAUUUAGAAGAACAACAGGAAGCAGGCGAAAGAGGAUCAUGGCUUAUAGGUAUGGCUAAUAAUUUGAUGCCAUUUGGUCAUUUGAGUCGUAUAUUGUGUAUUUUAAUAUUCUUUUUAGGAGAUUCCGCAUACCCGCUUAAGCCUUAUCUUUUAAAACCAUUUAUAAACGCACCUUUGGGCUCUCCAGAGUUUAGAUACACAGAACAUUUUACAAAAGCACGAUCUUCUGCAGAAAGAGGUAUAGGUGUUUUGAAAGGCCAAUGGCGAUGCUUGCGAAAAGAGAGGGCAUUGCAUUAUCAGCCGGAAUUUGCAGCUCGUAUUGUAAAUGCAUGUUGUGUUCUACACAAUAUUGCUGUAAAAUGGAGAAUUCCAACAAAUGAAAUUUAUUUAGAUGAAAUAGAUCGACAAGCACCAAUACCGUAUGGUGACAUUGAUGUAAAUAAUGCUGAACAAAUACGACGGGAUGUUGUUCGAUGGUAUUUUACCGAAUAG